AACAGUUUUAAUCGGAACUUACUGGCAGGUUGAUGCUAAAGAAACUUUUUAACUUGUCUCGAAUAAACUACGGCGAAUCCCAGGAUGACCACUAAAUAUCCUUGAAGAUCGAGCCUUAUCAUUAAUUUUCUGUUCUCAUCUAAUUGCUUUUACCACUGUGGACGGGAGUGUAAGUGGGCCUAAGGAUUUGCAGAAAACAUCUAGAGGACCUAUGGGAUUUGAUGAAGCUAAAUUCUUGGAAGCAGCACGUGAAAUUGGCAGUUUAAAUCUGGAUGGGUAUGAGUUCUUUACAGAGUCGCUUAAGGAAUCUGUACAAUGUAAAAUAUACAGAAAGUAUGAAGAGGUUUCUGGAUUGUAUGAAUACAAAAUAACAGGAUUGCUUGAAGAUGUUGGUCUAGAUGUGUGUAAAAACGUUUAUAUGGACUUAGAAUACAGAAAGAAAUGGGACGGAUAUGUCAAGGAACUUUAUGAAUUUGAUGAUAAUGGAGUGAAGAGUAUUUACUGGAAUGUAAACUAUCCUUGGCCCAUGUCAAACAGAGAUUACAUAUACACACGAGAACUGCAUGAAAUGGAAAUAAACAGUAUUCCAACUGUGGUUGUGUUAGCUGAAAGUAAUCCAGUUGCAAAGAUCCCAGAAAAAUCAGGGGUUGUGAGAGUGAAAGAGUUUCACCAAAGUCUUGUGAUUCAGAGUGAUGGUAAAGUAGGAACAAAAGCAUUCAUGCAUUACUUUGACAAUCCUGGAGGAAGUAUCCCAACCUGGCUUAUCAACUGGGCUGCAAAGACUGGAGUGCCAACCUUUAUGAACUCAAUGAGAGAUGCUUGUUUAGGUUAUAAGAAAUGGAUUUCUUCAAAGGGGACUUGACCACAGUGGAUCUCAUGAAGGGAAAGUUACUCUUAGACUACUUUUUUCCAAAAUAGCGUGUAUUCACUAAUAUCAGAAAGUUAACUGCACUUGCACUGUUUGUGAUGAGCCUGGUGACUAUGUUUGGACAACCUGAAGAAGUUCUUCAAAUGACUUCUUUUGAUUCGCUAAAUGACCAUGUAAAUUCAAGAAUGUAAAGUGGCAGAAAUUGACUUUAAUUUUUUUAACAAAAUUAUUAAAAUACUACCAUGAAGCAUAAAAAUUUUGCAAGGUCUUUAACCAAAUUUCUGGUCCAAACAAGAAACCAUUACAAAAUGUGCAUGCAAAUCAAUAAUUGCUGAAAUAAUUUUUUCAUUUCUAAAACAAUUCAAAAUACUGAGCUCCAUAUAAACUUCCAUUUGGCUCCUUUCUCUAUUACUCAACAAAUUAAGAAAUUGAAAAUAAUAGUUCUCUUUUUUUGUCAUAUCUUACUUUUUGAAGAGGAAAUUGCAAAUAUAAGUUUCCAGAAGUAGAGUGGAUACUAAAACCACAGACAGUUCUACAUGUACACAUAUAAUAAUUGAUACAUAUGUGUCACAUUCAGUUUGAGGGUGACAUAUACAGAAUGAGAUAAAAAACAACCAACUACUCUUGAGUUUUAUAUCUCUAUUUGCAAGAAUAUAAGAUUGUUACAAUUUCAAGUUUGGGUUUGGUUAUUGUCAUUUCAUGUCCAGAGAGAAAAAUUAAUAAUGUCAGAUGAUAUGAACAUUUAUUUAGCAAUUCCUCACAGCAUGCAAUUUGUAAUAUUCUAUUGAAUAUAUAGUCUACUUAUUUAAUUUUUUCCAUUAAAAAUAAAUAUAUUCCUGACACAAUUAUUUCCACAUGUUCAUGUUUUAUCUGUGUUAUUUGAACAUCAUAUACUGUACAUCAGAAAAUAAACAUAUGGUACAAGAA